AUGGGCUCUCUUCUCCCACCUGGGUUCCUCCGCGCCUCCCCCGGGGAUCUCCUGGACGCGGAGCAGACCCGAUACGAGCGCGACCUCAAGGCCGCGCUCGAGGCGUCCCUGAGGGAUGACGACGUCGAACGCGACGAGGACGUCUACCUCGCGGUGCAGGCCAUGGCUCGGAUGGAGGCCGGGGACGUUGGGACGAGUAAAGACGGCGACGACGACGCCGCGUCGGCGGCGUCGCUCAGGUCCGACAUCGAGUCCGCCGUCGCGGUCCUGGCCAGGGAGCAGGCCAACUGCGCGUCGAGGCUCUCCAAGUUGGACGCGCAGCUCUCGUCGUCGUCGGAGCCGCCCGCGAAGCUGAGGGAGCGGCACGCGGAGGCGUCCGAGGAAACGGCGAUGCUCGCGCGGCGACGGGACCGUCUCGAGCGCGCCGCGUCGGAGCUCGACGCCAUGGAGGUGGCGCUCAACGGGAGCGACGCGCCGCCGGAUGAGCGAAGGGCGCUGCGGGAAUGCAUCCUCCACUCCCUCCUCACCGAUCUCGACGGCGGCGACGAGAAGAGAAGGGCAAAGGCGCACACACACGAGGACACCGAGCGUCGACCCAAGGGAGGGUUCGUGUCCAGGCUGUUGGGCCGCAGGAAGAUCGCCGUGGUGGACGACGACGAGGAGUCCACCUUCGCCAACCCGAACGACCUCGGCCGAGCGUCCGGACUCGACGAAGACUUCUCCGAAGACUUCUCCGGAGACUUCUCCGAUGACCUGGCGAGAACGAGCGGGAUGAGCGACCUGGCGAGGGCCAGCGGCGCCGGGCGACUCGCGCGACCCAGCGGCGGCGCGCCCCGGGGGGUUCACGAGAUGCAGAGCCUGCUCGGGGACAUAAAGAGGAUGGCGGCGAAGAUGGAAUCCGAGUCGAGGGGAAAUCGGCGAGGAGCGGAAGAGGGCGAGGGAUCGACCGACGGGGAACCCUCGUCUUCGGCGCGCGGCGCGGUGCGCAGCGAGCUCGCGCUCUUCGAAAACCUGCGCCACACGCUCCUCGACAUCGAGACGAGGAAGAGGCGGUCGGGGUUUAGGUCGGGCUCGGGCUCGGGGGAAGGGUCGGAUAGUUUCGAUCGCGAGGCGGAGGCGAGGGCGGGUCUGCUGGCGGAUCUGGCUCGCGAGAUUCGCGGGGCGUCGCCGGCGGACGCCCAAUCCCUUCACGAGUUUCUCGAGAAGAUCGACGAGGUGCUCGCGUCGCUGAGCGACGAGCGCGAGGUGUUGAGGCGCGUGGACGCGUGGCCGGGCGCGAAGUUGGAGGCCAUGCGCGAGCUAAGCCAUUUACUCGCGGAGCUUGACGAGAUGGCACACGCGGCUCGCCAGUGGCCGAGGCUCGACCCCAACUCGAGGGCGCUUCGAACUUCCGCCAAGGCUGCCGCGGUCAUGUGGGCGUGCGACGAGGAGCGAGGGAAGAUAUCGCGCGCGGCGGACGCCAUGCGUCGACGUAUCGAGUCCAUCGAACGGACAAUCGCCGCGGAUGUCGCGAGAUUCGCCCGUCACGGCUUAGGGGGGGUGGACAUCGAGGUCAAGCUGGCCGCGACGAAGCACGCGUCGCUGACCCUGGCGGAUCGGUACGCGCGCGUCAGCUUGCUCGCCGCGGAACGGGCGGUGUUGGAGGACGACGGACACUACGGGAUAAUAAAGGCGCGGGAGACGCUGGCGAGCGCGGUGCGAUUCGGGCUGCGAUCGCACGAGCUCGCCGGAGGGUUCGACGCGCAAAGCCGCGAGGCGCUCGAGGACGUGCGCGCCUUUCUCGCGUCGAUCGACGAGACGAGGGAGGAGGAUUGA